UCCGCCGCCGCCCGCCGCCCCUAGGGACGCCGCGCUGUGACGUGCCGCACACCGGCUGCCAUGGAGGGAACCCGGCAAAGUAGGAUUUGUCGUCCGCACAAAAUAAGUGAAUCCUCCAAGGUGUACAGAUGGGAYGACCACUCUAGUCUUGUUCUUCAGAGUCUGAAUGAGCAGAGGCAUCGAGGCCUCUUUUGUGACAUUGUUCUCGUGGUGGACGAACAGAGAGUCCCUGCCCAUCGGAACCUCCUAGCUGUUUGCAGUGACUACUUCAACUCUAUGUUCACUAUUGGCAUGCGAGAAGCCCACCAAAAAGAGGUAGAACUUUUUGGAGCCUCUUAUAUUGGCCUCAAGGCUGUGGUAGAUUUCCUGUAUGGCAGUGAGCUCUCAUUAGACGGUGGCAAUAUUGACUACGUGCUCGAGACAGCUCAUCUGCUGCAGAUCUGGAAGGUGGUCGACUUCUGUUGCGAGUAUCUUGAAAAUGAAGUCAGUGAGGAGAACUAUUUGUACCUGCAAGAGCUGGCCUCCAUCUACAACCUGAAGCGCCUUGACUCCUACAUCGAUUCUUUCAUCUUGCAGAACUUUGGCACUCUGUCUUUCACUCCGGACUUCUUGCAAAAUGUUUCCAUGCAGAAGUUGUGCCAGUACCUGGACAGCAGCAAUGUGCAGCAGGAAUGUGAGCACGACUUGCUGCAGGCUGCCCUGCAGUGGCUUACGCAGUACCCGGAGAGGGAGAACGAGGCCUACCAAGUUCUGGAUAACAUUCACUUUCCUUUGAUACCUAAAAGUGAUCUUCUGCAUCGAGUCAAGCCCGCUGUCUGCUCUCUUCUUCCCAAAGAAGCAAACUGUGAGGGUUUUAUAGAGGAAGCAGUGAACUACCACAACAAUGUCACCGCUCAGCCGGUGCUGCAGAACAAACGGACCGCUCUGAGAACUAGCGAGGAGAGACUCCUCUUUGUUGGSGGCGAGGUAUCCGAGCGGUGCUUGGAACUGAGUGAUGACACUUGCUUCUUGGACACCAGAAAAGGGCAGUGGGUGGCAGAAACCCCUCUCCCAGCCAGACGAAGUCACCACUGCGUUGCAGUCUUGGGAGGCUUCAUUUUCAUAGCCGGGGGCAGCUUUUCAAGAGACAAUGGAGGGGAUGCAGCUUCAAAUCUCCUAUAUAGGUAUGAUCCCCGCUGUAACCAGUGGAUAAAGGUUGCCUCCAUGAGACAGCGUCGUGUGGAUUUCUACCUGGGAGCUAUUACUGACAUGCUGGUGGCUGUGGGUGGCAGGAAUGAAAACGGAGCCCUCUCUUCAGUUGAGACCUAUAGUCCUCAAAAGGAUACAUGGUCCUAUAUAGCAGGGCUGCCAAGAUUUACCUAUGGCCACGCAGGAACUGUCUACAAGGAAUUUGUGUACAUUUCAGGAGGCCACGACUACCAAAUUGGCCCUUACAGAAAAAAUCUGCUCUGCUACGAUUAUCGCACAGAUGUUUGGGAGGAGAAAAGGCCAAUGAUCACGGCCAGGGGGUGGCACAGCAUGUGCACCCUGCAGGACCACAUCUAUUCCAUUGGAGGCAGCGAUGACAACAUAGAAACCAUGGCCCGUUUUGACAUUCUGAGCGUGGAGUCGUACAGCCCUCAAUGUAACCAGUGGACCAGAGUUGCCCCUUUGCUGCAAGCAAACAGUGAGUCAGGGGUGGCUGUUUGGGAAGGCAAGAUUUAUAUUCUUGGAGGCUACAGCUGGGAAGAAACAGUCUUCUCCAAAACAGUCCAAGUUUAUGAUAAGGAGAAAAAUAAGUGGUACAGAGGAACAGACUUGCCCAAAGCAAUUGCCGGUGUGUCCGCAUGUGUCUGUGCAUUGAAACCUAAAACAGAUGACAAAAAGAAAAAGACAAAAACAAAAAAACAUCAAGAUCGAGGAAGAUGACUGCUUCUGCAGAGCCAGCCUUCGAGCAUGGACUCCAGAGGAACUUUGUAUUCAGUUGUUUCUUUCURGCCUUGAUUCUUUCUUUGAAAUGGAAACAAAAGUGUCUUCUGAAGCCUCAGAAAAUGUACAGUUGAGUGUGGAUUUUUUUUUUUUUUGAUUGAGGUCAUGUUUAAGGAUAAAAGCAACAAAAAAAACAACAUCCAAAACCCCCUGGAUAAGGGGUGAGGUGGCAAAAGAGGUUUUGCCACUUUCCUGAAUGUUAUAACAUAAUCCUUUACCUCUGUGGUUCAUGGCAUUUCCAUGCACAUCUUAUUCUAUUGACGUUUUAAAGCUAAGUCUAAUUUCUGGUGAGCUGAUAGAAGACAGAGUAUGGAGUGUCUACUUGGAAACUACUAAGGAGCUCARAUGCACCUGUUGAGAGAAAAUGAAAUGAAACUUGGACGUUAUGUAAAUACUGAAUUUUUGUUGCAUUAAAUUUCUUUUACAGUAUAUUUUUGAGUUGUUAGUAUCAGAUUUCUGGAGCACGUGUUUGUACAGAGAGUAUUGCUUUUGAUGAAUGCAGAUCAGAUCAGCUUGUUGAGCAAAUAACUCCAUUAUAUUCCUGAGAGCCAGAAGAUGUAACUCUGUGGCUAAAGAACAAACAGGCUUGGACUGGUAGCGUUGUGAACACUGAAAUUUAGGAAAGGUGACAUAAGUUUUGCAUCUGUUGGUGGCAGGAACUGACAUUUUUCAUAACACAAGGGCAAGCUUUUCUUAGACUUCCAAACCUGCCCCAGAAUGAGAGAAAAACUGCUGAAGGUUUUGAAGUUUUGAGGGUUUCAGUGGUCACCACAAGUAGCCACUGGGUGUUAGAGGGGUUGUGCUGAACGCACCUGCUAUGAAAAAGCUGAUUAACCUGGGAUGAUUAAUUGGGGUUCAGGAAUCCUGAAGGAAAGCAACCUGGAUUUUUAUGUGAACUAACAGCCCACCUCCCCUGGCCCCUCAAAACAACUACAAGCUCAAAAUAUCUUUUCAAGAAGCUAACCUUUUCUGAUAGGCUUAGUGGGGACUGCAGCUCAGGGCUUAUCAGGCGUUUCUCGGAACACCUUCCCCAGCAAAAAAGGGUUUAAAAUGGAGAAAAGUGAAAUAUUCUCAGGGCUGUAUUUGGGACCCAGAUAGAGGGACUGCGAAUUGCCUGCGACACGCUGUCCUCUGCAUACCAAGCAAAGAGAUUUCUGACCCAAGUGUUAGUCCGUCCUCUACAAACACAGCUGAUUCUGCUGCUGAUAUUAAAAUUCCCCGACUGUCUGGCCAGCCUUUGGUCAUUCACCCUGGGGCAUUUUACAAAUGCACCUCUGGUUUGGAAGAAGUUGAUCCCAGCAAUCUGAUACAACUGCUCUAGUUACUGUUGUAAUGCCAGGCCACAGACUCGUGUUCCUCCUUCCCAAAAGAAGAGCUUUCUAAGAAGUUUUUAAAAACUUUUAUACUCUUUUAUAGCAUGUUUUGCUAACUCAAUCUCUUAUUUGCCAUAUAUUCUGUUAUUUACUAUGGAAGCUACUGCUCUGUAAUUGUGGCCCUGUUGCUGUCAGGAACUCAUAACUGGACGGAUCUUUUAGUCUUUUUGUAGCUGGUUGGGGUGAGAUGCAGCUGUUAAAGCAGCAUUUCCAUUCUCAGCAUUGCUAGGCAGCCAGCUAGAACUGUGACUAUUUAUUGUGCAGCCUCUUCCCUGAGAGUCCAGCUUGUCGGACAUACUGAUAAAUUUUGCUUUAAAUUUACUGAAUCUUUAUUUUCAGCUGAGUGGAUUUGGGGAGGUUGGGUUUAAAGUUCUGCUGGGGAAAURCUGGUUCCUUCUCCCACCCCUCUCAGUCUUUCCAGUCUCCCUUGCUGUACACUGGAACCACGUAUUUCACAUUUGCCUUUUUCUUAUUUUUUUUUGCAUCCAGUGUGCAUACAGUUGAUAUCGUGCUGCCCCCUUUAUUUUGUACUUUGCAGCCUUGUUACCUCAUUAAUUGGAAAAACACUAAGAAAAUAUUGAUUUGCACUUAAAAAUUUCAUCAGAUGCGCUUGUCAUUUAGAGAACUCCUAGUUAUAUUACAAGAAUUUCCUUGUAUUGAAAAAAGUACCUCUCAGUAAAUUCCUGGAGUCCAGAAAGCUACAGGAUCCUUUCCCAGUGCUAGGAAAGGAUUUGAGAAAACUGGUUAUGAGAUUAAUUUUGUAAAAGCUCCUUUUUUUAAUAUGRUUAAAAAAAUGCCUGAGUUUUUCACUUGCAUUAAUGAAUUUGCUUUAUAGACUUUGUGCAUUGCAUGAGGUAAUGGUUAUUCUUUUUUUAUCUUAAAAAUAAUUUUUUGGUUAUGACAAACAUGAGUUUUUUAUUAUACAUAUAUGACUGAAAUCCUU